AUGGAAGCAGCUUGUACCAAAUCUUUUCCACCCAUCUUAGAUUACAAGACAGAGAAAUACGUGCUGACAAAGAACAGGAAGGUUGGAGUGUUUCUUCGCCUGCUUCAUCUGGGCAUUUUAUGUUAUAUUAUUGGGUGGGUGUUUAUUAUAAAGAAGGGAUAUCAAGAAAGUGAUUCUGAUCCUCACUCUUCUGUUAUAACAAAGCUCAAAGGAUCUUCAAUUACUAAAGACCCCCAGGAAUAUCAGCAAAGUUUGUGGGAUGUGGUAGACUUUGUAAAGCCUUCUCAGGGAGAAAAUGUCCUUUUCUUGGUGACAAAUUUUAUCUCCACACCACGACAAGUGCUAGGUUUAUGUCCAGAGAGCCCUUUGAUUUUAGAUGGUAGGUGUGGUGAAGACUUGGACUGUCAACCUGGAGAACAUGUGAUAAGUGGAAAUGGUGUGAAAACAGGGCGAUGUGUAGCACUGAACAGCACUCAUUCCACAUGUGAGAUAUACGCCUGGUGUCCUGUAGAGAAUGAAUCAUUGAUCAGGAAAAUACCUUUAAAUGAAGCAGAAAACUUUACACUGUUUAUAAAAAAUGCAGUUUAUUUUAGCAAAUUUCGUUUUUCUGGGGCAAACACACUGAAGACAUUGGAUGAUACUUAUUUUAAGAGCUGCAGAUAUGACCCAGUCUCCAGCCCAUACUGUCCAGUUUUCACAAUCAAGAAUAUCAUAACAGAAGCCAAAAAUAGCUUUGAAGAACUGUCUUUUCUGGGUGGAGUUGUAAGAAUUGAUAUUGAGUGGAAAUGCAACUUGGAUCAAGCAAAAGUCUGCAAACCACAAUACUCCUUUGGAUUGCAAGAUAAAAACAACAACUUCAGAACAGCUACUUAUUAUUGGGACAAAGAAAGACGUGAACACCGAGACCUUUUAAAACUCUACGGGAUCCGUUUCGAGAUAUCAGUGACAGGAGAGGCAAGAAGAUUUAGUAUUGUGCCAACAGCCGCAACACUUUUGUGUGAUCUGAUUCUCCUAUACCUUGACAGUAAAGCCAGUUUCUACUGGGAGUGUAAAUAUGAAGAGGCUAAACCACCAAAACGCCAACAAGCUCAGGAAUCUAUUGACAACCAUGAUGAAACAUCUAACAACGAUUGA